GCAGACCAGUCUUAUCUUGGUCUCAAUUUGACCUAUCACUUCCAGCGCAUUACUCUAUCCCUGAUUAUCCAUGUUCUCUAUUAUUCAACGAUACUCUAUACUUCAGUCCUACCAUGACUAGCUCCUCCGUGGUUACUCCGUGCUCUAUACUGCAAAGGAACGAUCAGCCCGUCCGCAGGAGUGCAUAUGACCUGCAUCUCCUGCCUCAUUGGACAGCCAAAGCAGGGAGCGGACAAUAGAUCAAUCAGAGCAGACCUGUGCGUCAUAAGUCGAAUUACUGUCUUGACCAAGAGGUCCAGCAGAGAGUAUAAAGAUGUUGUAUCCCCAGGUACAAUGGACUUCAUUCCUCAUCCCCCCACCAUUUCCUUCAAUCUCCAUACCUCCACCGCCAUGUUGCUGCUCCUGCUGGCUCUGGGCCUCCCUCUGGUCCACGCGUGGUGUGACAUCACGGCGCUGAACCUAACGAGCGGUGUCUACUACACCAGCGAGAAUGAGACCAUCUUCGAGGUCGCAGAGGCAGUGAACCGUGGCGUGUGCGACAUUGCGCGCUACAACCGCAUGGCGGACGCAAUCCUCCCGCUGCUGACAGGCGAGGAGAUCCUCAUCCCGCCAGAGGUGUGCGACCCCGACAACCGGUCGUGCCUGAUCGUGCCGGAGCCCAACGCAACAUACGCCGACUGCAUCAUGGGCGGCCCGCACACGUACACGACGCUCAAGGGCGACAGCAUAGCGUACAUCGCGCUCAAGCUCAACCUCACCGUCGAGGCGCUGCUGACAACCGCCUGGGUGCCGAACAUGGGCGACCCCGACGCCCCCGUCGAGGUCGGCCAAGUCAUCAAGAUCCCGCAGUGCUACCCCAGCCAGUGCAUCGUCCAGCCAGGCGAGUUCUACUAUGGCACCUACAAGGAUCUCGCUGCCAUGCUCGGUACCACCCCAGGCCAGUUGAUGGCCUUCAACCCGACCUACAACCACACGACGGCCUCCCAGGGUCAGGGGCCCUGGAUCAGCUUUUCCAUGGACUGCAUGCCUUUGUCAGAUAAUGUUACUGCUGUCUCAUUGUAGCAUGGGCAGUAUACCAAGAUUAGCUGGUUGUUUAGAAUAUACACCGCUCUCUU